UUUGGAAUAGAAUCGUAAAAUUGCAGAAGAAACUGCUUUUUUCAAGGUUCGGUAAAAAAUGCAGUUUCCGAAAUUUUAUCGAAAGAAUGUUAUGAGCAUUCAUGAUCAAAAUCUAUAUUCAUAUGAUUACCUGCUAUCCAUAUAUCGAUCAUGCUGUUUUGAAUGGGUAUCUGCGGAUUACACUAUAAAAUUUCUGCUAUUGAAAUCAUUACUAUCACAACUUGUUUGUACCUUUGGUAGUUUUGAGAUUUUCUAUAAUGGAAGUAUGGAUUCUGGAUAUGUACCCUUCCUGAUACUUCUGCAAAUGAGUACCGUGAUGUAUUUGGUGGGUGCAUCGACAGUUCAUCAACUUCGAAAAUCCCCGAAAAUUGUUCAAAUGCAAGCUUGGCCAUGGACACUAGCAGGAGAUAAGACAUUUCGUAAGCUGCUGUUGGAAGCCAAGGAGUUCAGAAGAGUGUGUCUUGCAAUUUUUUGCUCAACAACGAUUUCUUUCCUUCUCUUUUUACCAUUACUAGGAGAUGAGCAGGACUGGCAGUUUUUAGUCUUUAUGUGGAAUGAAUAUACGGGAAACAGGAUGUACAUUCUAUUUUUGACUUGUUAUAUAUUUGUAUUACUCAUUCUAGGCAUAUUUAUUACUUCAUUGAUCUGCGUCAGUUUAUAUUGCGUUCGACAUGUGGAGUUUCAGUUUAAGAUUUUGAACGCCCUCAUAUGCAAGUUACACACAUCAUCAAACAAUCUAUUGGAUGAUGUUCGUUGCCAGGAACAAGUAGAUGAUCAAUUGAAGUGCUGUAUCAGAGUACACGUUGAGAUCAGAAAGGUUUACAAACUGUUGAUGGCAAGUUCUAACUCAUUAGUUUUAGCGUUGACGGCGUAUGGUUUGGUGGUAUUUGUUUUCGCUGUAUAUUUCAUAAUGCUUGAUGUGAGUCCUAGAAGUAACCUUCGUAUAUAUCUAAUGAUCAUGACAGCUUGUGUAGUCCUUUGGUCCUUUUGUGAAUAUUGUCAACGACUCACGAAUGAGUCCGAGAUAGUUUUCCUGAACGCCUGCAAAUGCCCCUGGGAACAAUUCAACGUUCAUAAUAGACGUACACUCUUGAUGCUUCUUUUGAAUACUGGCACUCCUAUUACAGUAUCAUGCCAUGGAGUUCUGGAUGCGAAUUAUCCACUGGCAGUGAAGAUGUGGAGAAUGGCCUAUGCUACUAUCACACUCUUCACCAAUCUAAGCUAAGGACACAGUUUUACAGUAACAGAAGAAUGAUGGUUUAUAUUUGUUGUCUAUGAAACCGUAGACUGAAUUGGAAUAUUUAAAUGUUUCUAGUUAUGUUAACUGAUAUUACAAACAUAUAAGAUUCA